AUGGCAGGGGCAGCUGUGGACUUCUUCGAGUUCCAAGCUUGUGAUGGAACUAUUUACUUACCUUGGCCUGUGCCCGAUACGAUUAAGUGCUCUCUCUGUAAAAUCGGAAAAUACUCGUCAAGAUCACGAGUCCAAGAUUCGGUCAGGCACAUGUUCGCUAAACAUGACGCGAGAGUUGCUCCCAUGUACACAUGCAAUUCGUGCGAUCACGAGACCAGCGAUGUUGUCAUUGCUAGAAGGCAUGAGAAAGGUUGUGGUGCACUUGAUGAGAGCAUCACUGUGGAAGGAACCACAAUUAUGGGUAAUGAAGUCACGCUCAUGUAUCCAGGUGGCCCAUGCCGAUGCCCCUUAUGCAAGUGGCACACAAAGGGUGAGGGAACAGUCGCUUUCCAGUCCAUUGAACAUCAUCUGUUUAGAGUACAUGGUCUCACUACAGUCCGCAGAUGGCAAUGUAGGAAAUGCGAGGCAAAUGGAGAUGGAUACUUCAUUAAAACGCAUUACAAAACACAUCUAACAGAGACGCCAAAACCGUAUUCUCCAACUGUUCCCCUCCUCCCCCUCCCUCCUAACAUUUCCAACAGAGAGUUUUUCAGAAUUAUCAAUCUUGAACUGUCAACCACCUCUUGUCACACCGCCACUGUUGCUUCGAGACGCAAUACUCCGAACAACACAGAAGGAGAGGGGACCUCACCCGUCCCCUCCUCUUCCUCUCCAGCUUCUCCAGUUUCAUCUUCUUCUUUUUCUUCUGCAUCAAACACCUCCAAAGACUUGUCCACUCAACGCUCGAGUCCUUCUACUCCAAACAUAAUCUCAGAAAACAGUGAAUCUCUUGACUCAUCAAUUUCCUCUUUCAAUUCUCCGUCUUCAUCAAAAUCUUCCAACAACAAUGAUUCCUCUUAUGAAUCUCCAGCCUCAUCUCCCAGCCAGCUUGGUAGAUUGGUAGCUCCCGGAGACGCGGUGUGUCCACUAGAGGCGUUUAGGAGUGUUUGGGGCGCUAGGAUAGAGGCUUGCAACACGGUACAGUGCCUCGACUCCACCCUCACUAAGUGCAGUGCUGAGUGGCUAAAACUUUCUGCCACACCGGAAGACUCGACCCCUUCUCAGAAACGACCGCCCCCUCCAAAGAAGCCACCAGACGCCCACCGAAAGCGAAGCCAAAACCGCCAGCAACAAAGAAUCAGAAGAUCCAAACAAACCCAAAACGACCAAAAGAGCAAAAUUCAACGUCUAUUUUCUUUGUAUCCCCGCAGGGCUGUCAGGAAAAUUCUCGAAGAAGAAUCAACUGGAUACUCUGGAACAAAAGAAACAGCGACUGCAUUUUUGAAAGAAACCUACUGUCAGCCAGCUCCUUCUCAGGAGCAAGUGGAGUCAGCCCGUGCUCAAUUCGACCACUGCGAUUGGAAGCAGACGACCGAUGACGACAUCAGGCUACUCUCAGCUCCCCCCAGUCUUAGCGAAAUCAAGCUUAAACUCGGUAAAGCUGCUAACACUGCUCCAGGAAGGGAUGGCCUUGAAUAUCGCCACCUCCGGUCUCUUGACGGUAAUGGCGAGCUCCUAGCAACCAUUUACCGGGCGGUGUGGUCUCUGGGUAUCCCAGCCUGCUGGAAAACAUCUCGAACCGUCCCUAUCUUCAAGAAAGGAGAUCCCUCUGAUUAUGGAAACUUCAGGCCAAUAUCCUUACUACCAACCAUGUACAAGAUAUUUUCGGGUAUAAUAUCGUCCAGGAUAAUGGCCACCGCCACGAGACUAGGAUGGAUUUCUCCAGAACAAAAGGGAUUCCUUCCAGGAGUCAGGGGUAUCCAAGAGCACACCCACAUACUCCACACGGUGAUCGAGCAGGCGAAACAGUCAAAAAGGAAGCUGGUGAUUGCUUGGCUCGAUCUCACCAACGCAUUCGGAUCAAUACCUCAUCCGAUACUGAACAGCCUGUUCGAAAGCCUCCCGAUACCAGACGAACUUCGCCGCAUUCUGACCGAUAUCUACUCAAACAACAUCAUGGACUUUGCCGUCGGACAAGACUCAGUUCAAAUCCAUCCAACAGCCGGAGUCCGACAAGGAGAUCCAUUAAGCAGCGUCGUCUUCAAUCUGGCGGCAGAACCGAUCAUCAGGACAGUAAAAUCAAACAACAACGGGUUCGCAGUCUACCAGUCAAGAGUGUCCACUUCGUCCUAUGCAGACGACAUUGCCAUCGCAGGAUCUUCAGUCAGCGAAAUCCAGGGAACUCUCAAUGCCACCGAGAACACGGCAACCUCACUCGGCUUGAGAUUUAAUCCUAACAAAUGCACGUCACUCACACUCAUUAAUGGCAAAUCUUCUGUAGAUAACCCACUGAAACUCGGAGACUCCCAAAUAAGGGCCCUAGCCGAGGACGAACAGGAAAACUAUCUAGGGACUCCACUAGGCUCACGACUAACCUUCCGACCCACCACGUCACUUCUCGGAAAUUUGAUAAAGAUUGGCGACUCCGGUUUGGCUCCCUGGCAAAAGCUGGAAGUGUACAGAAGUGUACUACUCCCAUCACUUUCCCACCACCUUGCAUCGGGAAGAGUCGAGAAAAGAUCCCUCUACGACCUGGACGUCGCCUGCAGAGAUUUCCUUCGCAAGGUAGCCUGUGUCCCUAUGUCCGCUAACACUGCUUUUUUCUACUCAGAUCGCCGCGUGGGAGGACUUGGAGCUCUCCCCCUCACAGACGAGGCUGACAUUUGGACCCUGGCAAGAGCACUGCAACUCCUAGAUAGCAAAGACAAGAACGUCAGUGAAGUGGCAAUGGCACAACUAGAAGAAACCAUCAAAUUGGGAUACGGCAGGAACGAGGUCCCCUUUCCACUUCCUAUUAACGAGUACUUGGCAGGUUCCAUGGAAAAGGGACUUGGAGCAAUCAGACAUGGAGGAGCAUCGAUGAACCUUUGGACCCGCGCAAGGAAGGCCUCGGGCUGUUUGAAGAGGAUAAGGAUUGAUGUAUCCGGCGAAGAGUACAGCAAAGUUAUCGCCGAUGACAUCUCCACAAUCUCCAUCAAGGCAGUCAGAGGACUCCGGACCGCGAUGAGGCAAAGGUGGACAAGCAGACUCCUGUCAGCUCAACAAGGAAAGACGGCAACCGGAUUAGCUCUUGACAUGGCCAAGGAGAACGCAGGUCUCUUAUCAUGCCGAACGCCACUGUCCUUCCAGGAAUGGCACUUUCUCCACAAGGCGAGACUAGGGAUACUGCCAGUCCGAGGUGGCCCAGGAUCAAAGUCGACAGUCAAAACCUGUCGACUAGGACUGAUGGCGGAAGAAACGGAGAAACUUGGCCACACCGUCUCCGUCAACCUCGCCGUGGACAACUCCGGACUCAGACCAGACCUGGUGGUCACUUCCACCAACCCUCCCAUCAUCAUCGACGUCACGGUUCCCCUCAGCAGCGCGGAUGGACUCGAGAAGGCACAGGCAAGGAAAAUUGAAAAGUACAAACAUCUUGGUGUGGUACUCCCUCUCGUGGUUGGUUCACUAGGGUCCUGGCUCCCAAGCAACGAUGAGAUAUGUCUUGCCCUGGGAUUCUCGGGUAGAAAAUGGCAGAGCCUCAAGAAGAAGAUGAAACUACUGGCCAUCCAAGGAACAACUCAAAUCAUAGCCAAACAUCUGGCAUACCAGACCGAAGCAAGCGAUCCCGAACCCGAAGAAGAAGAAGCAGAAGAGGGCGCAAGUCCUCCCUCUUCCUCAAACUAAGGGUUUUUUAACGUAGCGUUGACACGUCGUCUCGCGAACU